CUAAUGGCAGAGGCUGCAGGGAAACCCAUCUCUUGCCACGGCUGCUACGCUGAAGGACAGUCCUCAGAGAAGUUGGAGGUUGCACCACCAUCUCCAGGACAACUGAGACAUGUGUUCUUCCACAAUGCACUACCUUUUGUAGGGUUUGGAUUUUUGGAUAACGCAAUUAUGAUUGCUGCGGGAACCCAAAUAGAAUUGUCUAUUGGAGUUGUCCUAGGAAUUUCAACUAUGGCAGCUGCAGCUUUGGGAAACCUUGUUUCAGAUUUAGCUGGACUGGGUCUUGCAGGUUAUGUAGAAGCUUUAGCUUCACGGCUGGGUUUGUCAAUCCCUGACCUGACACCCAAACAAGCUGACAUGUGGCAAACGCGUCUCAGUGCACACUUGGGUAAAGCUAUUGGAGUGACCAUUGGCUGCAUUUUAGGAAUGUUUCCUUUGUUUUUCUUUGGCGAGGAGGAAGAAAAACUGGAAGAAAAAUAAUAACCUUUUUACAAGACAUAUACAAAUGUAAACUACUGUACCUCAAUUAUUUGAUUAUGCUGUCAAUAUUUAGGAAUUAACAGACAGUAAAAAAUGUAUAGACUUGGGAACAAAACCUUCAGCAUGUCGUUUUAUGGAAACACUAAUUUAUUGUGGCUUUGUUGUGUUCAGCAUUUCUUUUUAUAAGAUACCAUCUAACUUUUUAUUUAAUUGUAAAUUUUUGAAGUGUUUUCACUUAUGGCAAGAUGUUUACCACUCUCCCCUUUGACUUUUUUCUUUAAUGGAUUAUUACUUCAAUAAUCCUCCAUGGAUGACAGUAUCACUCUUGAGUUGCAUAUUGGUUGUUUAAUAGUUGUACUUGCAUGACAGAAAUAUCACUGGUGUUCAUCAGGUCCUUCAAUGCAGAUUAUUCAGGUCAGUGAUGAGUAAUUUAAGUCCCUCACUUUGCAAGAUGACUGGUUGCUCCUCACCAGCCACCAUUUUGCACUGACUUAGAUAUUUCAGUGGUCUUUGACAGUGCAGUUUGUUUUUUCUAUUCACAAUUCUGACUUAAGUGUUUCUGAAUUGUCUUCUGAGAUGAUCAUUUUGAUGCUUUGACAAGGUAAGUGUUUCCAGUGUAGGCUUUCCACUACAUUUUAAAGUGGUGUUUUAACACCCUCACUACUUCCAUAUUCAUGCCUCUUCUUUCCCCUUAUAAAUGACAUUUUGAGAAUUAAGAUAUCCUUAAAUUUGUCUUCCUCUGUUUUGAGAGUGGAAUUAAAGGAUUCAGACCAACUGUUUCAAAACCAGAAACAACUUUUUUAAUUGUUCUGCAUAAAAUAAGGUGUGAAUAAUUGAUUGGGUGGAUGAGG